GCAUCAUGAAUGGAGGGAUACAAUGAGGAACCUGGGUUGGAAGGAUGGAUUUGGUGUUGGGUCGACAGGAAGAGCAGGGGGAUUAAUGGUCCUAUGGAAACCAGAAGUCAAGGUAGAAAUUAAGGGUUACUCAAGUAACCAUAUUGACAUGAAGGUCACUGAUGAAGGUAAGGAAUGGAGAUUAACAGGAGUUUAUGGCUGGCCAGAACAGGGCAACAAACCUCGAACCUGGAAUUUAAUAAGGCAGCUAGGGGAUCUCACAGACCUGCCAUGGGUGAUGACGGGUGAUUUUAAUCUGGUUCAAUGCUAUGCAGAAAAGAAUGGAAGGUAUGAUGCAAAUGAACAGGAGAUGGAGGGUUUUAACAAAGCGUUGGAGGAAUGUAAUCUUGUGGACCUCGGCUUCUAUGGGAGAAGGUUCACUUGGGACAACAACCAUAAGGAUGAUACGUUCCUGGAGGAGAGGUUGGAUAGAAUGGUGGCCACAAACCAGUGGAUGACUCUUUACCCUCAGGCGAGGGUGUACCACUUGAAUAGAUGUGGAUCAGACCACAACCCCUUGCUUUUGCAGACACAAGUGGGAGAAGCAGAAGUGAGAUGGGGAACUUUUUUCAGGUUUGAAGCAUAUUGGCAAAAGCAUCAGGAUAUAAAAGAAGUUGUAGAGGAGGGAUGGAGAAGGAAUGGGGGUGGAUCGAUUCUGCAAAAGCUUCGAAGGUGUGAGGAGAAGCUAAAGCACUGGAGCAAGGCGACUUUUGGUAAUCUGAAACAUAGAAAGAAAGAGAUAGAAAGGGUACUGGGGAGAAUUGGUAAACUUCAGAUGAACCAAGCUCUCAUCCAGCAGCGUGAUGCAUUAGAGAAAGAAUUGGAGAUGAUUUUUGAAAUGGAAGAGCUGAAGUGGAAACAAAGGUCCCGAACUGAAUGGCUAAGGGAGGGGGAUAAGAAUACUAAAUAUUUUCACCGCCGUGCCUCAGAAAGAAGGGAGAGAAAUACCAUACGAAAAUUAAGGUAUAUGAAUGGAGAACUAUUUGAAGGACAGGAUCGAGUAGCAGCUUGUUUGGUGGCUUACUACAAGCAAUUAUAUUUGGCAGGACCACAAAGACAGGGGAGUCAGAUCAUUGAGGCUAUUCCUAGAAAGGUCACAGAGGAAAUGAAUGAGGGAUUACUGAAACCUUUUACAAGAGAGGAGAUUUGGGCAGCAUUGAAACAGAUGGGACCUCUAAAAGCACCAGGAGUGGAUGGUAUGCCUGCUCUAUUUUUUCAAAAAAACUGGGAAGUUAUUGGGGAUGAUGUCACAAGGGAGUUACAAGGAUACUUGGAAGGAGGUUUCUUUCCAGAGGAGCUGAAUCAGACUUUGAUCACUCUCAUCCCUAAGAAGAAGACCCCUGUAAGCCCUGCUGACUUUCGUCCUAUAAGUUUAUGCAGAGUUCUCUAUAAGAUACUAUCCAAAGUAUUGGCAAACAGGUUGAAGGAAAUUCUCCCUGAGAUUAUUGUGGCUAACCAGAGUGCAUUUGUGCCGGGAAGAUUAAUUACAGACAAUAUUAUUGUGGCAUUUGAGUGUUUCCACACAAUGGAGCAAAAGAAAAAGGGGAAGAGUGGAUGGAUGGCAGCAAAAUUGGACAUCACUAAGGCUUAUGAUCGAGUGGAUUGGAGUUUCUUGGAGGCUGUUAUGACCAAACUGGGAUUCAAUGAGCGAUGGAUUCAUCUGAUCAUGGAGUGCGUUACCACUGUAUCAUUCAGCCUUUUAGUAAAUGGCCACAAGACAGAAUGGUUUAAACCCACGAGAGGAUUGAGGCAAGGGGACCCUAUCUCACCCUACCUCUUUCUCCUAGUGGCAGAAGGUUUAUCGGGGCUGAUCUCGGUGGCAGAAAGGGAAAAGAAGAUAACUGGGAUAAGAGUCAAGCGUGGGGCACCAAGCAUAUCCCACUUACUCUUUGCAGAUGAUAGUAUUCUGUUCACCAGGGCUACUAAGCAAGAAAGUGAACAAUUGAAAAGGAUACUAAAUCUCUAUGAGUUAGAGUCGGGCCAACAAGUAAAUCUGGUGAAAUCAGAAUUAUCAUUCAGCCCAAACAUUGAGGCAAAUACAAGGAAUGAACUAGCUGGGAUCCUUGGUAUGAAGGGGGUAGAGUUCCAUGAGAAAUAUUUGGGCCUCCCAACAAGAGUGGGCAGAGGAAAAAGAGCAGCUUUUGGCUACUUGGUAGAUAGGGUGAGGAGCAAGGUGAAACACUGGAAGAGCAAAUUACUGUCUAUUGCGGGGAAAGAAGUGCUGAUCAAGGCAGUUGCACAAUCACAAAUGACAUAUGCAAUGUCGAUUUUCUCUAUUCCAAUGGCGACGGUUAAAGAAAUUCAAAGCCUGAUCACCAAUUUCUGGUGGGGACAACAACAAGAAGAGAAGAAAACCCACUGGUUAAGGUGGGAGGAAUUGAGUAGACCUAAGAAGCAGGGAGGGUUGGGAUUCAGAGAUCUCAAAUGCUUCAAUAUAGCUCUUCUAGGCAAACAACUAUGGAGAAUAAUAAAAGAGCCUCAGUCACUAGCAGCUCGAGUCCUGAAGGCGAAGUAUUUCCCCACAAGGGAUGUGCUGGAAGCUGAAAAAGGAAGGAACCCCAGCCUUGUUUGGAGGGGUUUAAUAGAAGCACAGGAGCUAAUUAAAAAGGGAUACCGAUGGAGGGUAGGGAAUGGGGAAAGUAUCGAUAUCUGGUUGGAUCGGUGGAUCCCUAGUAGUGAAGGCUACAAAGUGACAUCCCCAGGGACGAGAAUUGGAGAAACAACAUCAGUGGCUGAACUAAUGGAGGUGGAGACACGAACCUGGAGAUAUGACUUAUUACAGACCCACUUCAACAUGGAAGAUCAGAAACAGAUAGAGAAAAUCCUAAUCCCUCAACAACCUUGCAAGGACGAAAAGAUAUGGACAAAGGAAACCACAGGGAUAUAUUCGGUGCGAUCGGCGUACAAGCUUUGGAAGAACAGGCACGAGGAGGAAUUUGGAGAAUUAUACACACCAGUCAAUUGGAAAAGGUUUUGGAAGCUCAAGAUUCCACCGAAGGUGAGAUUGUUUGCUUGGAGAUGGAUAAGGGACAUUCUACCUACGCGAGCCAGAAUCGUGGAAAGAACACAAAGGGGUCAUGUGGGAUGUCCUUUUUGUGAUCUACCAGAGUCUCAAUAUCAUAUCUUUAGGGACUGUGCGUGGGUGAGGAGGGUUUCUAGAGACACUCCUAUGCAUCGAUUGUUCGAGAGGGGGGAGACACUCACCUGUGAAGAAUGGUACUGCAAUCUGCAAGAGACAGAGACGGACGAACAGCUGGGAAAAUUCCUCGUAGCGUUAUGGUUCAUCUGGGACCAACGCAACAGUCAGAUGUGGAACAAAAGGAAAUUGGAAGAAAGGGAAAUCAUUCCAAGAGCAAUCGGGUGGCUGGAAGAGUACCUGGACAUGCAGGAGGUUGAAUCUGAAGCACAUCGCCAGAGGGACGGGAAGUGGAGACCGGCACAGUCGACUGAAUUCACGAUCUCGGUGGACGCGGGAUGCCUGACGGGACAAGGGACGGGUCUGGGAGCUGUAAUUCGGAAGAGGGAUGGAGACUUUGUGGCGGCGGCGGUGAAGAGGACGCGGAGGCAGUGGGAGGCGAUGGAGGCAGAGGCGAUGGCGGUGAAGUUUGGGAUGUAAAUGGCUCAUCGGUUUCAUCUGAACUCAAUCGCCAUUCAGACCGAUUGUUUGCAGGUGGAGCGCCUCAUUGCAGGCCAGGUGGAGUCCCAAGUUGAAGUGGGCCAAAUAACAAAAGAGAUCAAGGAAAUGGGCCAAGCCUUCCAACAUAUUGAAUGGACCCAUAUUCCUAGGAAGCAAAAUAGAGUGGCACAUGAAAUGGCCCAUAUUGCUUGUAAUUGGGAGGAAAUUGAGUGUUGGGUGGAUAGGCCACCAAUUAUUCUAGUUACUCUCCUUAAUGAGGAACUAGCUUGUCUAAACAUUGAUAAUUAAAUAAAAAAGGUUUUACUUU